CUCACGUGUCAAAUAGCGUAGAUAAAUAUAUAAACAAAUAACAAUGUCACUAAGAAAAUUUAUGCAUCCAAAAAAUAAAUACAAAAUUGAGCCAAAUUUUCGUGAUCUUGCCCAAAUUUAUCCGGAAUUUCAUCAACAUGUCUACACGGAUUUAACUGGUAAAUUAAAAUUUAAUUUUAAAAGUCAAGAAAGUCUCAAGGUACUUGCUAAAAUAUUAUUAAAACAUGAUUUUAAUAUUGAUGUUGAUAUACCUGAUGAUAAAUUGAUUCCAGUACUUCCACUUAGACUUAAUUAUAUUCAUUGGAUUGAGGAUCUUCUUGAACAUGCUAAUGUAAAAAAUAACAUUGUUGGAAUUGACAUUGGAACUGGUGCUAUUUGUAUAUAUCCAAUUUUAUGCUCAAAAUUAUUUGGAUGGAAAAUGAUAGGAACUGAAAUUGAUGAAACAAGUGUAUCAUCAGCAAUAAAUAAUGUUAAAAAAAAUAAUUUAGAUAAUUUAAUAACAGUUGAACAUGCUGAUCAUAAUAUAAUAUUAAAUAAAUCAUUAAUUGAUAAUAAUAAUAAUAAUAGCUAUUUAUUUACAAUGUGUAAUCCACCAUUUUUUAAUAACAAUCAAUUAAUGUUUAAAAAAAAUAAAAAAAAACCACCAAGAAAUGCAUCAACUGGUAAUAAUAAUGAAUUAUUUAUUGAUGGUGGUGAAUGUAAAUUUGUAUUAAAUAUCAUUAAUGAAAGUAUUAUAUUAUCAACAAAUAUUAAAAUAUAUACAACAAUGUUGGGUCAAAAAUCAAGUCUUAUAUAUUUUCGUAAAGAAUUUAAAAAUAAAAAUAUUGAUAAUUAUACAUGGACUGAAUUUUGUCAGGGAUAUACAAAAAGAUGGGGAUUGGCUUGGACAUUUUUAUCAAAAGAUGUAUUAAAUUUACAAACAGCACCAGUUAUACGUGAAAAAAAUGAUAGAAAAUCUUUAAAUAAAAAAUCAAAAGAUAAAUUUUCAGUUGAAUUUACAUUUCCUCUUGAUGAUAAAUGGACUGAUUUUGAACUGAUAAUAAAAUCAUUGAAACAAUGGAUACAAGAAUUAAAAAUUGAAAUGAAAGAAUUAAAAUUAAAAAAUGACAGCUCAAAUAGUUGGGUAUGUAAUUUAAAAACAUAUGAAGAUACUUGGAGCCAUGCUAGAAGAAAACGUCGUCUUGCAUCAAGAGAAACAAUUGAGUCAAAGAAACCACGUUUGGAUGAUGAACAAGUCAAUUUAAUAAAUGGUAAUUCAUUAAAUCAACAAAUAAAUUAUACAGAAACAAAAAAUAUUUAUCUUGAGUUUAGUAUAACAGUUGUUUUGAUAAAUACUGAUAAUAUACGAAUAAAUUUAAUUUUACAUAAUGGUAAUGGUGGUAAAAUUGGUUUGGAAACAUUUCGUCAAUAUCUUAUUAAUAAAUUUAAUAUUAAAAAUUUUUUAAAACAAAAAAAUACAAUUAAAAAUUGUAAAAAUAAA